AUGGACCGCGUGAACAUGAGCAUAGCCAUCCUGCCCAUGAGCAAACAGUUUGGCUGGGAUAGCGCCACCAUCGGCCUUGUCCAGUCAUCCUUUUUCUGGGGUUACCUCACCACGCAGGUGGCAGGCGGCGUGUGGGCAGACAAAUACGGCGGCAAGACAGUCCUGGGCUUUGGGGUCAUCUGGUGGAGCAUAGCAACCGCUCUCACCCCCCUGGCAGCCUCCCUGGGACUGCCAGCGCUGCUCUUUGCGCGCGCAUGCAUGGGCGUUGGCGAAGGCGUCGCCAUGCCCGCCAUGAACAAUCUGCUGUCUAGGUGGGUGCCAGUGCAGGAGCGGUCCAGGUCACUUGCGCUCGUGUAUUCUGGCAUGUACACAGGCUCAGUCCUGGGGCUGGCAGCAUCACCUCACCUCAUAGAGUGGCUGACGUGGCCGAGCGUGUUCCACAUCUUUGGCAGCGUCGGCGUGCUCUGGUUCCUGCUGUGGGAGUGGCAGGCCAGCAGCUCGCCCGACGAGGACAACCGCUGCUCUGCAGAGGAAAAGGCACUCCUCGUCGCCAACACACCCAUCAGCAGGACUCGGGGAGAACCAAUCCCAUGGAAGCUGCUGCUGUCAAAGGCUCCAGUCUGGGCGCUCAUCGUUUGCCACUUCUGCCACAAUUGGGGCACUUUCAUCCUGCUCACAUGGAUGCCCAUGUACUAUAAUCAGGUGUUAGGUUUUGAUCUUUUGAAGAGCGGGAUCUUCAGCGUGCUGCCCUGGAUCACGAUGGCUGUCUUUGCCAAUGUUGGUGGCUGGCUGGCAGACACCAUGGUCUCGAAGGGCGUUUCUGUCACACGCGUCCGCAAAAUCAUGCAGACGAUUGGCUUCAUGGGCCCAGCUAUUUUCCUGACGAGGCUGGGCUCAGUGUCAACGCCAAUGGGAGCAGUGGCAUGCAUGAUGGCCUCUCAGGGCCUGGACUCCUUCUCACAGUCAGGCCUCUACUCCAACCAUCAGGACAUUGGGCCGCGGUACUCUGGGGUGCUGCUGGGAAUGUCCAACACAGCUGGCGUGCUGGCAGGUGUGCUGGGGACAGCAGCUACUGGGCUUAUUUUGGCCAACGGCUCCUGGGACGACGUUUGGGGCGUUGCUGUCGCCCUGUACCUUGUGGGCACAGUUGUCUGGAAUGUCUUCUCCACCGGGGAGCAGAUCUUUGACUAGGCAUGACUUUCUAGCUGACAAGAUACCUCGUGCUGCAUUCCAUCGGAGGUGCAGCGUUGACCAGAUGCAGGUCAGGAAGGCAGGGGUGAUUGCCAAAGGCUGCUUGAUUUCCAAGGUGCACUUGCAGACCUGAAAACUUCGUCAGGAGACUUCAGAAAAUGGUUGCGUGCUGUUGCCCUGUGGCCACAUCAGGACAGAGCAUCGUGUUCAGCAAUCUGGAGCGGCAUCAUAAUACAUUUUUGAACCUGUUCUGAAGAACAUGUUAUCCCGGCACCACAGGGGAAGCAUCAAUUGCAGCGUUGGUUUGACUGCAAUUUUGACUGGCAGCAUGGAGCUUAUUCCUGCUGUCUAGAUCUACUGCAAGCUGCACGCUUGGAGGACACAAAGUCUCUGCUGUUUUUGGCACUGUAUCUGGAAAUGUAAGUCGACUCGCGUAGC